UAGGCAGUGUGUGAGACAGCGCUGUGUCCAGUGAGCUAAGCCAUUGGAGGGCGGCGCUGUAUUGAGGCCCGAGCCGUUUCACACACGGGUUGAGCUGGUUGUGCGCUGCAGCUCUCAGUGGGAGGGACAGUACCCGUCAAACACCGACGACAGAAGAGCGGCUGGAGCGCCUGGGGGCUUCUGGGACGGUUAAACGCUUCGCUGCCUGGUUACCGUCUUUUUUUCUGAGCGCCUAUUGACUCAUCUGCAGACCUGUCGGCCGACAGGGUUCAUGGCUAGUUUGCUGUACUACGUCCUCCCUGCCCUGGGUGGCUAUGCACUUACCUCCGUCUACCUGCUGAAGAACCCGCACAUCUUGCACAAGAGAAAAUGCACAGCCUUCUACUGCCGACACAUCUCUCACAGAGUGGGAUCUGGGGAGAAGAUAGAAAGCACAAUGGAGGCUUUUACACAUGCCAUAGAGGAAGGCACAGAUAUGCUCGAGCUCGACUGUCACUUGACCCGGGACGGUCAUGUGAUCGUGUCACAUGAUGAGAACCUUUUGCGACAGACUGGACACGACGUCACAAUCUCAUCCGUAAACCUAGAGGAAUUACCGCUCUAUAAAGAAAGACUGGAGGUCACAUUCUAUGAAGGCCACUACAGCACCGGACAGGACCGGAAGUUCGCCUUGCUGGAGGACGUUUUCAAGAAGUUCCCCAGGGUGCCGAUCAACAUCGAGAUCAAAGAGGACAACUGCCCGCUCAUCAAAAAGGUGUCUGCACUUGUGAAGCAGUACGGCAGAGAUGACAUCACUGUUUGGGCCAGCGUCCAGUCUGACAUCAUGAGGAAAUGCCGGAGAGAGAACCCAUCCAUGCCCUACAUGUUCUCAAAGUCCCGGGGCCUGCAGCUGCUCCUGCUCUACUAUACUGGCCUGCUGCCUUUCGUGCCCCUCAGAGAGAGCUUCCUCCAGUUUUACUACAUCCCCAUCAUCAACCGAACGUUUAUACCCCCAUCUACUCUACUGAAGAACAAGAUGAUUCUUUUUAUCCUUGAUAAAGUAACUAUGAGGAAAGGUCUGUUUAAACACUUGACUGACCGAGGUAUUCAGGUGCACCUCUUUGUUUGUAACGAGGAGAGAGACAUGGAGGGAGCAUUUGCUCUGGGGGCCACCGGAGUCAUGACUGAUUACCCCGCCCUGCUCUCCAAGUACCUUAGUGCAAACCCUCCCACUGCUCCCCCUUGCAAGCAGUAGACCCUUCUCCUCUCUUUCUGCCAUGAUUUGCCCAGCUUUGUUGGCCAAUAGAAAAGCUGCUGUAGGAUUUUUGAGGGCCCAGCCUAGCUUUAUUUCCCCACAGUAACAGCUCACCAGUGCUUUCUGUAUCUGCGAAAUGCGAAAUGGAGAUUCCCGCUGCUCACCCUGGAGCAUCCUCUCGUAUCGGAAAGCUCUAAAUGUGCUUUUGCGUGAUCACGUUUUUUUCUAUCCUGGUUGAACAUCCUGCUUGCUCACUGCUAUAAAAUCAUAUUCUUUAUGACCAUAUGGGAACCAAUACAGAUAUUGAUAAACAUGAGAUUGUGAAGUUAUUCUAUGCCACUUGUAACGCCUCAUGGUUUAAUAAACUGUAGAAUGUAUUGAA